AUGACAGCCAAAGGACCAGAUUAUGCAUAUAAGUAUUGUUCACAAAAUCCUACACCAUUAACACUAAGGCAGUUGCUCUUUUAUGAACGGCACUGUAAUACAGAAAGAUUAUUAAAAUCUGCCAACUAUAUACGUACAGAAUUACCCAUUCGAAUUGCACAUCGUAUUCGGGAAUUUCAAAAAUUACCUUAUAUCUUGGGCACAAAUCCUUAUAUUGAGUCUGUUUAUAGUCUCUACUGGGAAGCGUUUGAGAGGAUUCGAAAGAUUUCUGAAAUUAAGACUAGAGAAGAAAAUGACCGAUUUUGUAAAAUGUUAGAAGAAUCAUUAGAUGCGCAUCUCGUUGUCAUUCCUCGACUUGCAAAAGGUAUUAAUGAAUGUGAGCAGCAUGGCAUCAUAUCGAUGGAUAAAUUAGAUAUCUUUAUGAACGCAACACUUAGGUCACGCAUUUCAAGACGUGUAUUAGCAGAACAUCACCUGGUGCUUUCUAAAAGAAGAAAAUCAAUCUUUAAUCUUUGUUCUUCACAUGAUAUUUUGACAAAAUGUACUCGUCUCGUCCAAGCCGCUUAUCCAAACGUGAUUAACGUUAAAAUAAAUGUCAGUGGUAGAGACACAGAAUUUACUUAUGUCUCGGAUCAUAUAGAAUAUAUUAUAUAUCAGCUUUUAUCAAAUGCAUAUCGACAUUCUAUCGAUAGCUCUGCAAAAGAAAUUAAAGUAACGUUAUGUUCAAAUGAAAAUAAUGUUCUAUUUCGAAUAUCAGAUCAAGGGGAAGGCAUAAAAAAAGAAAUUUAUGAAAAUCUAUGGACUUAUGGCAAUUAUAACAUGGAGAAAAUAGAAAGAUUAGAAGCAAAAUUGAAUGAAAAUAUAAAUAUGAGACUUGGUAUAGGUCUGCCGAUGAGUCGUGUCUAUGCUGAAUAUUGGGGAGGCGAAAUCAAGAUUAUAACAAUGGAAGGAUUUGGUACAGACGCAUAUGUUCGUAUACCCAGAUUAGGCACUCAGAAUGAAAAUAUUACGAGUGAAUCAUUAGAUGAAGCAAUCAUGUCCUAA